AUGUAUAAUAAAAUACUGAAAGUCAAACCCAGCCUUUUAUCGAAAACUGAACUAGCUGAAAAACUAUUAGAAUUACCAAAAUGGCGAGCACAUGAAGGUCAUUUAAUAAGACAAACUAUAGAGGUCAAGGAUUUUGAAAUUUGUCAUUCUCUUUUCAACAAUAUUGCAAUGCGUUCGCAUUUAUGGGGCCAUCACCCACGGAUCACUAUGAAUUAUAAUAAACUAGAUCUGACAUUGACAACCCAUGAUAUCGGAACUCAAAUUAGCGACAUUGAUAUCAAAUUGGCGAAGAGAAUAGAUACAUAUGUAGAGAGAUAUUCCAAAUAG